AGUUGUUGUAGAGGCAUUCAGCUUCCAGCCGGUCUACUAUCAGUCCUUGUGAGCUAAUGAUAUCACCUCUUCUUAGAGAACGCGAGUAAAGAGCAGCCUUCUAUAAGUCAAUCGGUAAGGUCGGCAGAUCACUUCCCCAUCCCAGGAGCUGAACGUCUUUUUAAGUCCGGUGAGUCACCGACAUGACAACGUGUGACGCGUAUGCUAGCAUUCCUCGAGCUCAACUAACAUACGAUUAUCUGCAUACAAACAGCACAACUCAUGAAUUCCUGUUUGGUGCUCUGGCUGAGCUUGUAGACAACGCAAGAGAUGCUGCUUCCAAAAGGAUUGAUAUCUAUUCAGUUCCUGCCGAGUCAUACCGGGGUAAAUACAUGCUGUGCUUCCUCGAUGAUGGUGAUGGAAUGGAUCCAGACGAAGUGUCAAAUGUUAUCAAGUUUGGGCGAUCCGAUAAACGAAUCAUUGACAAGAACAUGAUUGGACAGUAUGGCAAUGGUUUGAAAUCGGGUACCAUGAGAAUAGCGAAAGACAUGAUUCUCUUCACAAAAAAGGAUAACAAAUUAAGCUGCUUGAUGAUUUCUCGAACGUUCCACGAGCGAGAAAAGAUCAACGAGAUCUUAAUUCCAAUGCCGAAUUGGGACGCUAAGACGAAACGUCCUUUAUAUAGGCGACAAAGAGAUGCAGAACAGCAUCAAACUGAGGUUGGCAUCAUUACCAAAUACUCACCGUUCAAGACUKCCGAGAGCCUUCUUGCAGAAUUCGACAAAAUAAAAUCUACAGGAACUCUCGUCAUCUUGUAUAACCUACAGUUAAUGGACAAUGGACAGCCAGAGCUUGACGUCACCACCGAUCCACGGGAUAUCUUGAUGGGUGACCCAUAUGCAGGCGAAACAUAUGGUGAUGAUAAAAACAGUGUUGUACCAGAGAGAAAGUCUUUUCGAGCUUACACCGCAGUAUUAUACCUGGACCCUAAGAUGAAAAUCUAUAUCCAGAACAAAAAAGUACGAACAGUUCGUCUAGUCACAUCUCUCUACAAGCCAGCUACAUACACAUUUACGUCCAAACGCUUCAAGUGUCGAUUAGAACGAGAGGAAAAGAAAGCUGAGCAAGAGCUUAAAAUAGCUGAGGCAAAAGCUAAAGAGCUGGAAAUGCAAGACAGGGAAGAAAGGGAGAAGACAGAAAGUUUAGGAACAUCUAAAGAUACAAUAGCCGCUGAAAGACAAUCUGGAGUUCGUCUGGCACAAGCGAGAACUGAUGUUAACUUUAAGAAAAUGACUUACGAUAACACAAAAAAGGCAUUAAAGGAGCCGCAAACAUUGGAUUUUGUAUUUGGAAUAAAUCUGAAUAAACGGCGAUGCUGUGGUGUUAUGGUGUACAACUGUAAUAGAUUAAUCAAAAUGUAUGAAAAAGUUGGAUGUCAAACGGAAGGAGGAGUCCAGGGUUAUGGAGUGAUGGGUAUAGUUAACGUACCGUACCUAGUGUUAGAACCAACUCACAACAAACAAGACUUCGCUGACGGCAAGGAGUAUAAAGCUCUGACAAAAGCGUUAGGGGAGCAUUUAGACGAUUACUGGAAGCAUUGUCCUAUAUCGAAACAAGGAGUUGUUAAAUUUUGGGACGCAUACGGUUACAACACUUCAAAAUGGAAAGAAGACCCAUCYGUAGACGARCGGUACGUMAGGAAACGAAUGAUGGAUCUYCCUCUUUAYGUCCAGUGUGACAAGUGUCUAAAAUGGCGGGAACUUGCCUUUCAUUCGCGCUACGUACAAAAGGAACCUGAUGAGCAUUGGUCCUGUAAAAUGAAUCCUGAYUCGGAUUGUAAUAACUGUCAGCGGCCGGAGAAAAAACCAGCCAGUACUUCGAGAGCCACAUUGAACAAGUCCAGACCUCAUAAGACAACUCCUGCACCAGAUACUAAUCGUGACUCAAGGACACAGGCAACAGAAAGCAGAUCUCAAAAUUCGCGAGAAGCGACGAGAGGUCAACCARCACCACCACCGAGAACGAAUAAACCUGUGGAAAGAGCAGCUGAAAGACCGAUUCGUCCGGCUCCUCAAUCGAGGUCAAGCGUUCCCCAGGCUUCUCCGGCCAGAACGGUCGCUCCUCAGGCCCCGCAUUCGAGAACCGUUAAUUCCCAGGCUACUCCAACGAGAUCUGUGGCACACGCGACAACAAGCUCAUCAGCAAGGCAAAAAACACAAACAAGCUCUGCKAAAAGACAAGAACGAGCUACUCCAAGUCCAACAACAACAGCCUCGCGUCAGAUAAAACAAGAGAAGUCAUCACAAAAAAGACCAGUAGGACGGCCACCAAAAGCCGACAGUACUGAGCAAAAACGAGAGUCGACCAUGAAACGUCCUCACCCAGAUAACAACAACGUAGAGGAUGUUCAAGAGAAAAGUGACGCGGCUAAACGAAGAAAAAGCGACGCAGUCCCGUCUCCUGUUGCCAUUGAACCGGAGAUUGAUAGUAACGCGGACAUGGACUGGACUAAUGAACGCGAGGCUGAAGCUAGUGGUCCGUCUAAAUCAACACCCUCUAAACCCACCGRACCGAACGAUAUCAUCGCUUUGCAAGGUCGUGAGUGCGAGGCCAAGACGCACGAUGGCGGAUGGCAUGUCGGUACGAUAGUAUGUGUUAAACAAAAAGGCGAUGGAAUAUUUGCUAAAGUGAAAUUCCGAGAAACUCCUCAAGACAGUUUUGACAAGUGGUAUGAUUAUCCUGGUAUCAGCAUCCGUCUCGAACUGUCAAGCGAGUCAACGCCUUCAUCACCGGUCAGUCUCCCUUCUCCACARCCUCUUCCUUCGAGUUCAUCGAUAGAGCUACCAAGCACAACUACGACUGAAGCACCUAGGCCACCAAGCCUUCCCUCUAGUCCUGUAGCCUCGCCAGACAAUACAGUAUCMUCAUUGGCUGAUCGUGAAGAGACUGUCCAGGACCUCGCGGCUUUGGCAAGGAAACUUUUGGCGUUCUACGCGCCUCCAGAGUUCCGCCUGACAAAAGAUCAGCUCGGCUGCCUGUCUAUUCAAGAGCUUAGAAACUUCAACACGAAAGAAUUCUGUGACAAGUACGAAGAAGAUUUAGGAACAUGGUUGGAUAAAGUAACAGUCAAGGCAAAGACUGAAGAACGAGCCGUAAUUAACACAGAAUUACAAGAAACAAAGAAACAAUUAUCUGACGUCACUCAACAGCUGACGUCACUUAGAGGAAAAACAUGCCAACUCAUAGGCAUGUUAAAUGAUAGUUCAGGAGAAAAUCACAUACCAGAGAACAUUGAAGAACUCGAGAGUACACUAGACAACUACAUUACACUUCUACAAAACGAAGCCAACUAGCAACCUUAAAUCUUAUACACUUCUAGGAUAUUUUAAACUUUUCAUUUGAGAAAGUUCGCUGUACAUUACAUACCUUAGCUAAUGUUGUUGAUAUUAUUGGAGCUAUUAUUUUCUCCGUGAAUUCUUAAAAUUAUACAACAAGAAUAUAUUUAACAAUCAGACCACGAGGUCGAUUAGMCUAAUUGUUUUAGUAUCCACCAAACUAUGGGGUAAAUUUGAAAAAAGGCCAUAAGGAACAAUUUUUCUCGGCGUUUUUCGACUAAUUUUGCUUCAUUCGGUGCUAACAUGGAAAAUCAUGAAUCACACCAUAGUUCAGUAGCCAAUCAGAAUGCGGGAUUUGUAAUAGGCCAUAGUUUGUUGGAUGCUAAAGGUGUAUAGCCGGUUUUAGAAGGCAAAAUAACGUGAAACAGUCCAAGUCCCGACAUUAGAUACUUUUAUCAAGCCUUCGUAAAAAUGGGACAGUUUAGUAAACGCUUUAUAUUCUUUCGCUUAACAUUUAUCAUACGCAAAAUUCGCAAGGAAUCCAUAUUAUUAAUCUUGAUUCAAACGUUUUUAAAUAAUACUGUACAGACUAAGGUGUAUUUACGCCGAUUAACAUCGACUUGGAACUUGUAUUUUGUGUUCUAGUCAAAGACAUUUUUGCUGUUCAAGUUAUUUUGAAAAUAAACAAAAGGUUGGUUGUUAAGCAACCAAUAUGCAUUGUGGAAGAAA